GCUCAUAUAUAGCGGUGCGCCACACUCUAGUAAACAUCCGGUGGAGUUCACGCGUGUAUUCCCAAUAUUUAGUUAAUUUUGUUCAUAAUUCUGGGUGAAUUCAUUUAAAGCGUCAUGAGUUUAUUUCUCCCUAAACUGUCGUGUAAAAAAGACAUUGAUGACGCCAUUAAAUCGGUCGCUGAGAAGGUUUUAGUUCUGCGAUUCGGCAGAGAUGAAGAUUCUGUGUGUUUACAGCUGGACGAGAUUGUGAGUUAUGAUGAUCAUGAUUUCAGCGGUCAUAAUUUCCUCUUUAGCUGUUUAAUUGAUAUUUCACUGAAGUUGUUCAUAUCACUCCACUCAGAUUUUGAUUUAUUUCCAUUCAGAUCUCCAGAUCAUACCAAGUUUGUGGGAAGUUUCAAAACCAAACAGGACUUCAUGGAUCUGAUUGAAGUGAUCUAUCGAGGCGCCAUGAGAGGAAAACUGAUCGUCCAAAGCCCGAUCGACCCAAGAAACGUUCCCAAAUAUGAUCUACUGUACCAUGACAUCUAGCAUUGAGUUUUACACAACAGUAUUAGAGUCAAGAAUCACGUCUUCUGACAGAGUGACUAGUUAAAGUGAGCUUUGUCAGGAUGUAGAGUUUCCUGUGGAAAUGACAAUCUGAUGUAUUCUGCGUAUUGUGAAAUUUUUGUAUGAUGUUUUCAAAGUAAAGCAUAUUGGUUUUACACUUCUAGAAGUUUAAUGACAUUGAUGGUAAUUUUAAACUACUUCAAACAAUUUUUUUACUACUUUUACUACUUCAUCAGAUUUGGAGAAA